AUGAAAAGGGCAAAGGGUAUUAUCCAGAAAAUUCCGCAAAUAAAAUUCCAAUUACGGGAAAGAAAUGACAUAUUCGGUUUGCACAAAUCCUUAAAACGUCAUCCAGAUAUCCAUUACAUGUCUAUUAAAUCUUACGACAUAUUUGUGGGGCUCAGUCAGCAGAGAUUCCCCUCGCAAACACGGCGCCGAUUACGAGCUCGGCCGACUGAAGUAAACGAAUAUAAAACACACGCGGAAAGACGAAUGCAAAAUGUACUCGUCAAGUUUUGCAUAAGUAAACACAGAGUUACCCCUUGCCGCGAAAUACCACAAGCCGCGAACCUCUAUUGGUACAAUGUGGAACAAUUGUACUCGGUAUUAUUUGAUCGCUUCAAGAACUCUACACAUUAUUCUAUUAACGCUUAG